AUUCCAAACUCACAAGAAAUCAAAAAUUACUUGACCGAAAAACAACACUGCACAAUAUUGCCGAAAACGAAACACUGCAUUUGCAAAGUGACACGGAUCUAGUCCCAACUAGUUUCAACUACCGCCCGGGAAUCACGAACGGAGAGAACGCUUCUCCAUCACUUCCUGCCCCGCGCACCACCCAUCAACGAAACAUCCACCCCUCUUCACAAGUCGCCUGGCACCAAUCACUCAAAUUAUGCCCGCCGAGAACACCGGAGCCCCUAUCAAUGGGGCUCCCAUCGAUACUGCAGCCCCAGCAGCACAAGACGCAGCGAAGAACGUACCGGCUCCGGCCAGCUCAAGUGCCACCCCCACCACCUCGGAAAAGCUCACAGCGGCGCAGCUAAAAGCCAAGGCGAAGGCAGAAAAAGCAGCGAGGAGAGCACAGGUGAAAGAGGCUAGAAUCGCUGUGCCAGCACCAUCCCCAGUCCAAGAGAAAGGCGCCGCGGGGGAUGCGAAAGGAGGCAAAGGCAAGGGGAGGCAGGAUGGGCAGCAAUCCCUGGGCAAAGGAGGCCACUUGCAGGUACAUCGAGGGUCAGUUGCUGGGCGGCAGCCAUCCUCCCCGGUGCCUGAGAAAGACGUCAGGAGUGGUAUCCCCGAUUGCUUCAGCCAUGUUCCAAUGGCGAAGCGGAUACCGACAUCCCAGGCACACAAAGACGUACACCCGGCUGUGUUGGCAGUGGGCCAGCAGAUGGCCACAUUUGCCCUCAACGACAGCAUCUCCCGUUUGAGAGCGACCCUUUUGGCAUUUGCGAAGGUCAUCGAGUCGUACGAGACACCCAAGGGGAACUCGCUAUCUCGGCACUUUGUCCCACACGUCCUCAACCCCCAGAUCGAGUACCUCACCGAGUCCAGACCAAUGUGCUUCGCUAUGGGCAAUGCCAUCCGACUACUCAAGGGGAAGGUUAACAAAUUCGAUAUCGACACAGCCGAGGACGAAGCGAAGGAGGGUCUCCUGGAGUGGAUCGAUUUUCUGAUCAAUGAGCGGAUCACCCUGGCCGAGUAUGCCAUUGCUAGGAAUGCCGCAGAGUCGAUCAACGAGGGUGACACUAUUCUCACGUAUGGCCACCACCGGCUCGUCGAAAAGACUUUUAUCGAAGCGAAGCGCGACGGCAAGUCGUUCGAUGUUACUGUCAUUGACGACCCGUUCGAGCGCAGCGGCCAGGAGCUGGCAAAGACACUACGACAGGCCGGGAUCCCCGUGCUCUACUCUCCUAAUCUUGGUGGUCUGCGGCCCAAGGUGGCGGCAGCCUCCAACGUAUUUCUCGGAGGCGAGGCCAUCUUUGCCAACGGUUCACUCCAUGCGUCAUCGGGGACGGCCGAUGUAGCCAUGUCCGCCAUGAACGCUGGUGUCAAGGUGAUUGUUCUUUGCGAAACCAUCAACUUUGACCGAGACCGCGUGUCGGUCGACUCUCUCACGUACAACGAGGUCGACCCGGAGAGGAACACGGGGGAUUGCUUCCGGCUGCUGUUUGACAACACCCAUGACAAGUACAUCACGGGCGUCAUUACCGAGUUCGAGAGCGGUGGUGGCAAUUCGCCGGCCCAAGCCAUCCUGGCUCUGCUGCGGAAGCAGGAGGAUCCUCUUAUUGACUAGGAGGUCAGGGGCCCGGUUGAAUGAACGAGGGCAAGUGCAUGCGUAGCUUAUGUUGCGGCAGGCACAGUAGCUAGAUGGUUGAAGCCAGGUCGAG